AUGGAGUCUUCCCUACCCACUCACGCAAAAGACGACCCGAAUAACUCAGCCGACAGCACACCCUCGAAAAAUGCAUUGAAGAAGGCUCAAAAAGAGGCUGAGAAAGCUGCCAAAAAGGCCGCGGCGAAGAAGACGGAUGAAGAGAAGAGAGCUGCCCAACAGGCUCAAGAGUCUGAAGACACUGCGAAAGACAAUUAUGGCAAAUUGCCCAAGCACGACGUCGAGAUCACCCAUCUCAAGAAACUUGAUGAAGAAUAUGUCGACAAAGAAGUUACAGUGAUCACCAGAAUCCACAACAGCAGAAGUCAAAGUGCUAAGCUUGCAUUCUUGAUGCUUCGACAACAAGGCAAAACUAUUCAAGCGGUCGUUGCUGCCGACGGAGAUUCGGUGUCAAGGCAGAUGGUCAAAUGGUCUUCAGGCAUCAACGUCAACUCCAUCGUGCGGGUCACUGGCGCUGUCAAGAAACCGAAUCCUCCUGUUGCCUCAGCAUCAAUAAGCGACCUCGAGCUACAUGUCUCCAAAAUUUACCUGAUCGCUCAAGCCUCUGAACAAAUCCCAAUGCAAGUCAAAGAUGCCGAACGUCCACCUCCGGCUACGGCAGAAGAAGGGCAAGUCGAUGCAGAGGGGGUACCUAUUGUCACGUUGAAAACCAGACUCGACAAUCGAGUGAUUGACCUUCAAACCGAAUGCAACCAAGCCAUCUUCACGAUUUCCAGCGCCGUGGAAGAGCUUUUUGAAGAAUACAUGCGCAAAAGCGGAUCAAGAAAAUUCAACACGCCCAAAUUGCUCGGCACAGCAACUGAGGGCGGGAGUGGUGUGUUCGAGGUCAAUAAUUACUUCGGAAAAAGUGGAUUUCUGGCGCAAAGUCCACAGUUGCAUAAGCAAAUGCUCAUCGCCGGAGACUGUGAGAGUGUUUUCGAGAUUGGACCAGUGUUCCGUGCUGAGAAUAGUAACACCCAUCGACAUCUGACAGAGUUCACAGGCCUCGAUUUCGAAUUGGUCUUCAAUCACCAUUAUCAUGAAGUUCUAGAGUUUGCCGAGAAAUUGAUCGUCUUCAUCGUUCAGCAACUCCAAGCCCGGUACAAGAAUGAAAUUGCUGUGGUCCAGAGAUACUUCCCAAGGGCUGGAGAUUUCAGAAUCAAAGACGGCAAGGCCCUAAGGCUGAAAUACUUUGACGGCAUCAAAAUUCUCAGAGACGCAGGGGUCGACACCACGGAACAAGACAACUACGUUACUGACCUGACAACGGCACAAGAAAAGAAGCUGGGUCAGCUCAUUCGCGAGAAGUAUGACACGGAUUUCUAUGUCCUAGACGAAUUCCCGAUGUCCGUCCGACCUUUUUACACCAAAGUGCAUCCCACCGAUCCAAAACUGUCCAACUCGUACGAUUUCUUCAUGCGAGGUGAGGAGAUUAUGUCUGGAGCUCAACGUAUAAACGAUGCUGCUGAGUUGGAAGCUGCCAUGCGAGGCAAGGGGCUCGAUCCGGAUGCAGAGGGUUUCCAAGAUUACGUCAAUGCAUUCAGACAAGGGUGUCGACCGCAUGCUGGAGGUGGCUUGGGUUUGAACCGCAUAGUCAUGUUCUUCUUGGGAUUGGACAAUGUCAGGCAGGCAACACCGUUCCCUCGUGAUCCUCAACGCUUGAGACCAUGA